UUUUUUUUUUAGCCAGGCCAGACACGGUGGUACAUGCAUGUAAUUCCAGAGGCUAAGCAGGUCGGCUGCAAUAAGGUUUGAGGCCGGCCUGGGCUACACUGCAAGUUCAAGACCGGCUUCAAAAAAUAAGAAAAAAAUGUUUUUAACCAACAAAAUACUUUCAUAAUAAUUGGGUAAAAAGGUGUUCGCAGCCGCUGCCGCGCCACCGUCGCUCUCUAAGGCCAGCGCCGCCUCUCUCUCGCCGAGCUCCAGCCAAAGGAGAAGCGGGUAAGGAGGACCUUGUAGCAUGGCUCGUACCAAGCAGACUGCCCACAAAUCCACUGGUGGUAAAGUGCGCAGGAAACAACUGGCUACAAAAGCCACACGUAAGAGUGCGCCCUCUACUGGAGGGGUGAAGAAACCUCAUCGUUACAGGCCUGGGACCGAGGCACUUCGUGAAAUUAGGCGUUUUCAGAAGUCCACUGAACUUCUGAUUUGCGAAACUUCUCAGGACUUCAAAACAGAUCUGCGUUUUCAGAGUGCAGCUAUUGGUGCUUUGCAGGAGGCAAGUGAGGCCUAUCUGGUUGGCCUGAUUGAAGACACCAACCUGUGUGCCAUCCAUGCCAAACGUGUCACAAUUAUGCCAAAAGACAUCCAGCUAGCACGCCACAUUCGUGGAGAACAUGCUUAAGAGUCUACUAUGGUGGGAGACAUUUCAUGCUCAAAAUUUUUUUUCUCUUCUCCCUGUUAUUGGUAGUUCUGAAUGUUACUUUUUUUCUCGUGGGGUUAAAAGGUACCUAAGUACAUGAUUGUGAGUGGAAAAUAGGGGACAGAAAUCAGGUAUUGGCAGUUUUUCAAUUUUCUUUUUUUUUUUUUUUUUGUCUUUUUCCUUUUUAUCGGUACCAGGGAUCGAACCCACGACUGCCUGCUUGUAAGGCAGGCGCUUAUGCCGCUGAGCUAAACCUCCAGCCCGUGUGUGAAUUUUUAAUAUUCAUGCGGGGAUGUAAAGCAUUCAUGCAAGUUGAAAUGUUUCAGUGAACAAGUUUCAGCACUUCAAUUUUAUAAAUGAAAAUCUUAAAUUUUUCUGGACAAUGCCAGCAUUUGGAUUUUUUAAAAAAACAAGUAAAUUUCUUGAUAGCAACUAAAUGGUGUUUGUAGCAUUUUUAUCACACAGUGGAUUCCAUUCAGUCAUUAUACUUUUCUGAGUUGUCUUACAUGCUAGUACAUGUUUUUAAUGUUGUCUGUCUUUCUGUGCUGUGCCUGUAAGUUUGCUAUUAAAAUACAUUAAACUAUAAAAAAAAA